CGGAUGCCCAACGAGCGAUCGCGGCGAUUUGAGAGAUUUGGAACUUUCAUCCUGCAGCUCUUUCUCGGCCCCGCUCGAGACCGUACGCCGUUUUCCGUUCACCAGGACGGUAAGAGGCACGAUUCAACUGUCCGACAAAGUCAACUCGAAGACCACACAUGAGAGCCGAUUGACAAGUCGCCUCUCUUCGCUCGGACUAACUGAAAAAGAAAGAGCACACGCCAAGUGCGGACGCGUCGCCAACCAUCACAAGGGCGCGGCCAUCCGGGUUGAGAUCGCCGGGCAGUGUUCUUCUUUUCGUCGGAGUCACGGCAAGACACGUCCCUCUUUGUCACUCGCCUCACUUCGAAAUUUGGCCCGCUCUUCUCCAACGACAUACCGAGCCGUUUCCGCCAGUCGUGCAGACAUCUGCGAGGCCAUCCACCUAUUGCAAAGGGACCUGACCCCCCCUACCGGUCUGCUCUUGGGACACAAUGUCAGGCGGCAGACAGGGGCCAGGUCACUGGCAAGGCGCACCUUCACACCAACCCGCGUCGUCUGGCUCGAGUCCUCAGAAUGGCCAGCCCACGCCACCAGGGUUCAAUCCAGCUGCCAACAGCUAUGGUCGACCUCCUCAACAGCAGACGACUUCGCAGCACAUGCAACAAAGGUACUCAGGAGGGCCCAGUAACAGUGCAUCUGGAGCAGCGGGGGUCGGCGGUGGAAGCGGUGCUGGCGGGAGCAGCAGUGGCGGUACCUAUGGACAAGGCAACCUUUCGCCUCGGAGCAUGCAUCCCAGUGCACCGUACAAUCAGCAGCAGCCUGGCGCUGCCAUUCCGGCCAUGUAUGGCGAGCAGAGGUCGUCUGCAGGUUCUUCUCACAAUUUCUACGGCGGCUUUUCGGGCGAUCAGCAACACAUGUUGGAAAACAACGGUUUCACGAGCGGUUUCAGCUACAGCCAGCAGCCUCAAGGGCAGCACCAAGCUGGGCCGCCACACCAAGCCACUGGCCACCACCAGAUGUACCAUCAACAACCCCUCUCUACUCCACCGAUUGCAGCCUCAUCGCAGCAGCAACACGGCUACGGCCAACAAUGGGUCAACCCUGCUGCGACUCAGCCACAUUUGAUGCAGGCGCCAGCUGGCCCGGGGGCCUAUGGAUAUGGCCAGCAAUCCCAGCCUGUGUACAAGGCCGAUGACUACAUGCAACAGCAAUACCCUGGUCAGAUGGUCAACAUGAUGCAGCAGCAGCAGCAGCAGCAGCAGCAGCCCCAUCAGCAAGCUCAGCAGGCGCAGCAAAAGGCAGCCCUCAAGGAUGAGGAUGAGGAUGAUCUCGAUGGUGACGAAGACGGUGAAGGUGGUGCUGCUGGGGGUCGCAAGGGAAAGGACAAGAAGAGCACCAGCGAUUUCGUCAAGAAGCUCUUCCGAAUGCUCGACGACACGUCUUACUCGACCAUUGUAUCCUGGGGGCCUGCUGGGGACAGCUUCAUCGUCAAGGACAUGAACGAUUUCACCAAGCAUGUGCUGCCCAGACAUUUCCGACACUCCAACUUUGCCAGCUUCGUGAGACAGCUCAACAAGUAUGACUUUCACAAGGUCAAGAAGCCCGAGGAGCAAGGUCAGAUGCCACAAGUAGGCGUUGAGCAGCUGUGGGAGUUCCGGCAUCCCGCAUUCAUGCAGCAUCGCGAGGAUCUCUUGGAGCAAGUCAAGCGCAAAGUGCCAGCUAGCAAGAAGACAGGGAAGGGCAACCUCGAUGGCGGUUCGCCGCGCGAUCAAAGUCCGACGAUGCCCGGCACGAUUGAUGCUGCGGAGAAGGGGGCGGAAGACUAUGCCAAGCUCAAGGAGCAGGUAGCUGCCCUGACGGCCUCGCAAGAUCAGAUGACAUCGCACAUGAACAAUCUCACCAAGCAGUAUCAGGGCGUCAUUGGCGAGAUGAUGACGUUCCAGAAGAACAUGGUGCAGCAAGAUCAGCUCAUGCAGAACCUCAUUCAGUACCUCAUGAACCUCGAAGCGGACCGGCAGCUGGAGAACAAAGCGGGAGGAAGCAGCGCAGGCCAAGCAAACCAGCAUGGUCAGAUCGAAGGUCAUGGGCCUGCUCGACAGGCAUUGGAAAACGGCAACGCCUUCGUAUCCGGCAGCGAGACGUCCAAGAUUGUUACUUCGUACUCUGAAGCAGCAAAGGGGUCGUUUGCUCAGAUGAGCGCAAUGGCCCACGCUGUCAAUCCCGACAAUAGCACUCACCAUUCCGGCAGCGCUCGCGGCUCAGCAUCCAAUAUGGAGACGCCUCUUUCUCCGAAGAGCACUGGCGACGGUGGGCGAGGUCUCUCGCCCGACAAGGGUAAGAGACGUGCUAGCAGCACGGCAGAAGCAGGCGAUGGCGCCGUGUUCUUGCACCCACCCCACCUCGACGCCGACGCCGGCAACAAUGGAAGCACAUCGGAACUCUUCAACGCAGCUGCAAGUGCCGUUGGCAACCCGAGCUUGGCAGGCUUCGAGGGGGCGGGUCUUCGAGUCUUUACCGUCGGCACCCUUCAGCCGCGGUCAUCUAGCGAUUCGACGGGCUUGGCGCCGGAUGGGUCAACACCAGCCGGUGCGGCUCUCGAGUCUGCCUUUCUCAAGGACAUGGCGGGCGAAGACGACAAUGGCGAGUCAAAGCCAUUCGGAAUCAGUGUGCCAAAUUUGGAGCAGCUCCCCGAGGGCAUGCCAAAAGUCGAUAAGCGCACCACGUCGAUGGCGCCAACGCCAGCCACAGCGGGCGUCGCAGCUGAUGGGGGACAUAACAAGAAGGCCUCGACGCCCUCGGAGGGUGGAUCCAACAUGCUUCGCGUCCGACGAUCGACAUAUGUCCCCGGUUGGGCUGUCCCUCCUCGAGUUCUUGUCGUUGACGAUGACGACACGUGCCGGAAGAUUGGCUCCAAAUUCCUCCAGGUCUUUGGCUGCGCCAUUGACGUGGCUGUUGAUGGCGUCUCGGCAGUCAACAAGAUGAAUCUGGAGCAAUACGACCUGGUUCUGAUGGACAUUGUCAUGCCCAACCUCGACGGCGUCUCGGCCACGAGCCUGAUCCGAGAAUUCGACCCACGAACGCCCAUCAUUUCCAUGACGUCCAAUUCGGCACCGAACGAGCUCCUUAGCUACAUGUCGUCGGGCAUGAACGACGUGCUUCCCAAACCUUUCACCAAGGAAGGCCUCCUCAACAUGCUGGAAAAGCACCUCAUUCAUCUCAAGACGGUUCAAAAGAUGGACGAAAUUCCAAAGGCGCUCGGCUUGCCGCCUGUUUCAGACGAGCAGCUCAAGAACGUGCUCACCGCAACGGCGCACAGCGCAACCUCGUUGAGCUUACCGACGACCGGCGGUGCUUCUUCGCCAGACGGACCUGGCCUUGGACCAUCUCCCCUUGCAGCCGUCAUGGGCAAUGGACCGGAAGCUGCGCAUCGAGCGUCGUCUUUCAGUCCGCCAGCGCACGGCGGAGGCGAUGCGGCAUCGGGACAAAAUGACGUCACCUCUGCCAUGUCGCCAACGUUUUCCGGAAGCGACGAGGAUGACGGCGUUGUCAAUCCUUUGGCCGGGAUGGGCUUCUCAGACGAAGAGUACAUCUCGAUGCUCCAAAAUCUCAUCGCGGCCGGCGCCGUGUCGGACACAGGCAGAGGUCCUGGGGGCGAAGUGAACUCGGCGGCAGAUACGGUGGCGAACGUCAUGGGCGUUGCUAGGGGCGAAGGUGUCGGAGUGAGCAGAACCAGCAAGGAGGGCACGCCAAUUGGUAGCGGGCCGUUCGCGCCAGGUGCUCAGGCUGCGUCCAAGAAGAGGGCAGCCGAAGCUGCAUCUUCUUCCGAUCAGCAGUCGGACGGGAAAAGGUCGCGGAUCACCGAGCUGCAUGCCUAAAUUAGGAUACAUCCGGAAGAUCAUCCACCCCUACCCCUCUUCCUCCCUUCUCUCUCCCUCUUCCCUCUUCAUCUCAUACCGUUUCACGUUGGUUUCCUUGUCUUAUUUGGUCGUUGUAAUCAUGUCAAGACGCAACAGUCUCUACUCUCAUUCCCUUUCUCUUUCUUUCACUGCUUCACUAUUCCUUCCCAGCUUUUUCCCAACCUCUUUCCAACCUCUUCCCCUCCUCUAGCACUAGCGUCUCUUUUGUGGAUGCCCUCUGUCGUAUUGUCGUUUUUGGAGCGUUUUGUGUGCAAUUGCAACGUACCCCUU